AAACGUUAUAAAAUGCUACAGCUGCGUGAGUGUAACGUAACAGUGUACUCGGGAUUCGGUUAAGUUGAACUAGUGUUUAGCAAAAUGGCCCUUCAAUGGCAUUGGACAUUCGUUAUGAUCGUGAGCUGUCUAGUCGGCGUACUGCAAGCCCAAACUGACUACUGUGCCAAUAGCAACUGCCGGAACGGUCGACCAAACGUUGGUUGCAAUCCCCCCGCCAGUCCGGGUGGACCGGCCUGCGCUGGUCUGAAUCCAGAGGUUAAAACUUUCAGCCCUGAAGAACAAACGUUGAUCCUUUCCGAGCACAACACGCGCCGAUCGCAACUGGCGCAGGGUGAACUGAAACCGUUCCUGCCGGCAGUUCGUAUGCCCACCCUUACCUGGGACGAGGAACUUGCCAAACAGGCUGGUAAUAAUGCACGCAGCUGUACGUACCAACACGAUAGCUGCCGUAACACGCCCGUCUUUGCGUGGGCUGGACAGAACCUUGCGCUGUCGCAAUCUUCCGGCAUGAACAAAACGGUAUCGGAGGUUAUAAGCAGCAGCAUUGCCUCCUGGUGGAGUGAGCACAACGUUACUAGGGAAGAACAACUCAACACCUAUCCAUCGAGCUAUUCUGGACCUGCCAUUGGACAUUUCACGCAGAUGGCCAGUGAUCAGAGCGACAAAAUAGGAUGUGCCAUGCAGAAAUGGGUGAGUGACGACUGGCAGACGUACUACUUCGUGUGUAACUAUGGCGUCACAAACAUUGCUGACCGUCCAGUCUACAAAGCUGGAGCAGUUGCUUCCAAAUGUACUACCGGGCGCAAUCCGACGCUGCCUGGACUAUGUUCAGAAUCGGAAAGUAUCAACCCUGUUCCAAACGAACCUAAAGAACCAAAAUAAAGCUAUUCGAUGACAUAAAAUACUACCCAACAUUACGGUAGAAUCGUAACCAUCUGCUGCAA